CUGGACUGGAACUACUCCAAGCAUAGACGGUUUUUUAUGAAGUAGCAGAGCUCUUCUAUCAAUUAUUCAAUAAAGUUUUCAACCCGGUACGAUUUUACAGGAAAUAGAAGAAAUAAACCCAGGAUACUUGAAUCAUGUCUUUAGAAGAGAUUUCUAUUGGGAAUGAGUUGAAAGAUUCGUUCAAACCAACGUCUAAGUGGAUCAACAAUGGAAUCAACUGGCUUGGUGAUAUUGAAGAGUUUUAUCGAGAAAGGGCUUCAAUUGAAAAAGAAUAUGCCAAUAAAUUGAAAGAUUUAACCAAACGACAUUUUGAAAAAAAGGCGAAGAAUUCAUCCCAUCUAUCGGUUGGUGAUGAACCUCAGAUCACUCCUGGAUCUUUAGAGAGUGCCUCUGUUGUUUUAUGGAAUGAAGUUUUAACUCAGACCGAAGCAAUUGCCGAAGAAAAAAUUGCCUUUAAUAAAGAGAUCAAUUCUAAGAUUGCCGAAAAUUUGGUUAGUUUGAAAGGUAAAUCAUCCAGAAUUAGUAAACACAUUGAAACAAUUAAUGAAUUUCUCAAAUCUGAGAAGACAGCUGUUGAAGAGGAAGUCAAUAAGUCCAAAAAAGCAUAUGAUAACUUAUGUCAAUCUACUGAAAAUGCUAGACAAAAGAAUGAAAAAUCUCCUGGAGAGAAACAUCAAAGGAAAUUAGAAGAAAAAACUAUAGAUAUGAAUGUAGGUAAGAAUGAAUACUUAAUCAAGAUAAACAUAGCAAAUCGUUUGAAAGACAAAUAUUACUAUCAAGACGUUCCAGAAAUUUUAGAUUAUUAUCAAGAGUUGAAUGAAUCGAGAGUUGCUGUAUUAAAUAAAUUAUUGAAAAAUGCAUCAAUUAUUGAAAGAAACUCAAAUGAUCGUAUAAAAGAAAAACUUCAUUUAAUUGAUUCAACUAUUGAUCAAAAUAACCCAAAAUUAGAUAUUGCCAUGUUCAUAAAACAUAACACCAUUGAUUGGAAGGAGCCAGCCGAUUUCUAUUAUAUUCCUUGUGACAUUUGGCACGAUGACGAAAGCUUAAUAACGAAAGAACCUGAAUUAACCACUUUGAAAAAAGAAUUGAGUACGAGUUUGACUAAUCACCAAAGAUUAGAAGAUUUAUGCUUAGCGUCAAAACAAAAAUUAGAAGAAUUAACUAAUGAAAGAAAACAGGAUACUGCAAACAUUACCCUAAAAUUCGAUACUAAAUUAGACGAUUCUUUGACUAUAUUGAAUAGAUUUAUGAAGGAUGAUUCUAUGAGACUUAGAAAUGAAGUUCAAAUUGAAGUUAUACAAAACUUUGCUGGUGAUAAAGAUUUAAGAUAUGUUGAACCGGCAAAACAAAAGAAGUCAAAAUUAGGUUUUUUGAAAAGUAAAAAAUCAGCUACUCCAACUCAGGGUAACGUAGUUCCAACAGAUGAUGAUAAUCAUUCUCUCAAGUCUGCGGCAAGUCAUGCUACUUCAGCUUCCCAUUCAGGUCUUUUCAAUUUAAGAAGAAACCGUGCCCAAUCAAAUGCUUCAUCCACAAUCAGUAACGGAGGUGGAAACCAAGGUAAAGCAUUAUACCCCUACCAAGCUUCUGGUGCUGAUGAAGCUAGUAUCAAUGCCGGAGACGUUUUCGAUAUUGUUGAUGAAGAUGAUGGAUCUGGUUGGACAAUGAUCCAUUCAGCUAAUGGUCAAGAAGGUUUGGUGCCUACCUCGUAUAUUGAGAAUAUUCCUCAUAUAUCUACAGAUGAUACCGGUGGUAGUUAUAAAAAGAAAGGACCUUCUGUUGCACCUAAGAGAGGUGCUAAAAGAGUCCAGUAUGUUGAAGCGUUAUAUGAUUAUAAUGCUGAUGGAGAUGAUGAAUUGAGUAUUAAAGCUGGCGAUAAGAUAGUUUUAAUACAAGAUGAUACAGACGGUAGUGGCUGGACAGAAGGGGAAAUAGAUGGCCAAAGAGGUUUAUUCCCAACAUCAUACACCAGAAAGAUAUAGAAGGUAGAAUAAAAGUUUAUGUUUCCACGAUUUUUUGCAUUAAAAUCUUUUUUUUUUUAGUCAGUUUAUAUAUCAAAUAGAAAUCG